AUGGAAGCGGCCAACGGGGCCGUGCCCGAGGGCGCGGCGGAGCGGCCCCGCGGCUCCGCGGCCGCCCCGUCGGGCAGGAAGGAGGUGAAGGUGGUGAUCGUGGGCGACGGAGGCUGCGGGAAGACUUCGCUGCUGAUGGUGUACGCCAAGGGCUCCUUCCCCGAGCAAUACGCGCCCUCCGUUUUUGAGAAGUACGCAACGAGUGUGACGGUGGGGAAGAAGGAGGUCACCCUGAACCUGUACGACACCGCAGGGCAGGAGGACUACGAUCGGCUACGGCCACUUUCUUACCAGAAUACCAAUGUCGUGUUAAUUUGUUACGAUGUCAUGAACCCCACUAGCUAUGAAAAUGUAGCAGCCAAGUGGUAUCCUGAAGUGAAUCACUUCUGCCGGGGUGUCCCGCUUGUGCUGAUCGGCUGCAAGACAGACCUUCGGAAGGACAAGGAGCAGCUGCGCAAGCUCAGGGCUGCCAAGCAGGAACCCAUCACCUACAACCAGGGUGAGGCAGCUUGCAAGGAGAUUAACGCAGAAAUUUACCUGGAAUGCUCAGCAAAAUGUCGUGAGAACAUAGAAAAUGUUUUUAAAGAAGCCACAACCAUUGCACUGGGUGCCAUGAAGAAAGCCAAGCGCCACAGGAAACAGAAAGUGUGCUCAGUGUUAUGAUUUGGACUGCAAAAGAACCAAGUGAUUCAGAUUUUAUAAACAGUUUAACUUUAAAAACUUUUUUUUUUUACAUGUUUGUAUUCCUAGGAUAAUUUUUAUUUUAAAAUUUUAAUUAUUUUUAGUAUUUUUGUACUUUUGUUACACUGUUCUCAGAGUUUUCAAAGCUGUUUAUCACAGUUAACUCAUGCUGUGUGCCUUCACCCAUCUGGCUUUUGCUUCCAAGUGUGACAAUUCACUGUUCAAUUGCAAUGAACAGCAACUGCUACUAUAUAACUUAGUGUUGGGGUUUUUCUUCCUCUGCAAAAUAAUUGUGGCACAUUAGAGCUACAAUUUACUGCCUUUUUCCAGUAGAAAACUUAUAUAUUCCAGAAGCAAUGUUAAAGCAGCUUAUCAAGCACCUUUGAAGAAACAGAAAAAGUUUUUGUCUUAACAUUUUCAAGUUAAUUAACUUGGUGACAAUGGCCUGAGUUGGCCUCAAGCUGCCCCCUGAGUGCAGAUGGAACAUCCACCACCCCCUGGACCAGCUCUGCAGACCUGCACCUCAGAGUUCUUCAAGGCCUGCUGCUGGAAUGGAAAGUGGCAUUUAUCAAUGGAAAUACAUCAGUUGCUCCAAUUAAAUAGUGGAGUAUCAUGGGAAAUGGUUAAUUUACAGCACUUAAAUUUAGAAGUACUCCAAGCAGCUACUACAUGUAAUGUUAAGUCAGUUUUAUGAUAAACAUUUACAGCUUAAUGCAAGACAGAUGCAAAUCAUGGUGCACACUGAAGGAAAAAUUCAUUCACUCAUGAAAUCAUCUCUACCGGUAUAAAUUAAAAUUCUUCCUUUUGUGACGAAGGUGUCAGUUGUCUAAGGAUCAGGGAGGCUCCCACUGCACACCUGGUACAUGUGCCUCGUACCUCCUGGUUCUUUUGCACAUCUCCUCACCGAGAUCUGAUUGUAGUCAUCAGAAAGCAAACCUGAGAGGGGAAAUGAGACUCCUGCAGUACAGGUGAAAGCUUUCUGUGUAAGGCAAACUGUAUGUGACCAGCUGGUACAAAACUGUUUUGGAGCAAGCCACCAUUAUUGUUUUACAUGCAGAGUAAACAGAUCUUGACCCUUGAAAAAUCUUUUUAUUUUCAUUUUUCUCCUAACUUGUUUUGAUUUAAUUAAGGUUUGUGAAUACCUAUGAGCCUAAAAUGGGAAGUUUAAUUAAUUGGAAGUUUGUGCACAUCCUUGACUAUACAAAAACCUUGAAGAAUUGUGCAGCCUUUUCUUCAUGUGUCACUAAAAGAACCACCCUUCACCUCACCCAGAACAGAACUGAAACACCAGUGUUAAGGAAGUGACCCAUUCACCAUCAGCUCCACAGUGGAAAUCUCUCUGGCUUUUUUAAUCUGAGUUUCUCAGGUUGCAGAACUCACGUUACUCACCCCUGCCAGAACCAGGUUCCAGCAUAAUACAACAGAUCACAUAAACAGCAAAAUACAGCCCAACUGGUGUGAAAACUGUUGAAAAUAUGCAAAUUGCAGUUUAUUGUUCACGCCCACAGGACAGUGGCAUGGCAAAGGUAAUUUUGCUACUUUGCAGCAAUGGAACUGAUGAAUCCAACUCAAGCCUGUGGUGCAUUAUCUGUCCCCUCGUGAGCAGACUGGGGAGGAGGGCACUGUUUUCCACUCACUCUGCCAGAGAAUGUGCCCAGUUUGGGCUUUGUGCUGGCUCAAAGCGAGCCUUCACUGCUGUGAGAGACACGGCCCAAGGCAGCUCAGUUCUGCAGCUGCCUGAGGAGGUACAGAAGGUACAGCACCCAAAAAGGGUGUUCAAAUGAGUGACUGUAAAGUCAAGCAGCACAAAGAUUGUAGCAGGGUAGCAGUCAGUGUUUGUCCCCUGCCAUCCACUUGACCCAGUGUUUCCCUUCUCUUCAGCACUGGUACAAGUGCAGCAUCUAAAGACAGUAUUUAAUAUCUGAGCUGAGCCUGUCCUCCCCCUUUCCAGAACCAUGCCUCAAAAACCAACCCAAGGGCUGUGUGUUUGUUACAAAAAGGGGCAGAGGCAGCUGCAUAUUGAAUGGUUUAUUUUAGGUCCUGUCAGGCCUGGACAAAUGACCUGGUCUCCCUGGAAAAGGGCUAGCAGACAUCCCUGCCAUUUAAAAACUGCUUUUGCUUGCAUGAUUUUGUUCCCAAAGGAGGAAUUUCUCUUCUUUAGAUAGCUUUUUAGAAGUGUAUAUAGCAGCAGUAUGGUACAAAGAUGAGCAUUUUCUUUUCACAGUACACAUAGUUAGUAUUGCCACUGAGAAUAUGCCUUAAACAAAUGCCUUAAAAAACAGCAUUCGCUCUGUAUUACUGAUCCACCCAGAGUGUUCAUAAAUCUCAAUAAAUUCAAAACCCAGAAUUUAAAUAAUAAAACUGGAAAGUGUCAGGUAUCAUUCCAGAAUUGGAAUUACAGUAGAUCCCACAUUUUCCCCAACGCUGGCACUUUGCCAGGCCAGGUGCAUGCUGCUCUAUAUACAGAAGCAAAUACAUUUUAUAUUAAAUAUACAUAAAUAGCAGGAGUGUGACUGGAGAGCCAUGCUUGCAUUAAUACUGAGUCUGUGCUGGCAGAGUCCUUCACCAAACACAGGGACAGGAGAGUCUUUCCGAGCCCAUCCAUCGCCUGGCUGGGGUUGAAUAGGAUCUGUCCCAAACCCAG